AUGGCAGAUGGACGUCAAGAAUGCUUUCAAGAGCUAGAAGAAGAGGUGUAUAUGACACCCCUACCGGGCCUUGAAGACACUAUCGCUCCUGGAAAAGUGUUACGACUAAGGAAAGCUAUAUAUGGUCUGAAACAAUCUCCAAGAGCUUGGUACCACAAGCUAAGCACUACACUCCUAAACCAUGGUUUCAAGAAAUCUCACAUGGACAAUAGUCUGUUUACUCUUCAAAGCGCUGAAGGUAUUGUUGUUGUUCUCAUUUAUGUUGAUGAUUUAAUCAUCUCUGGAGACAACACAGAAGGUAUUAAAGAGGUUAAGACUCAUCUUAAGUCUGUUUUCGAUAUAAAAGAUCUUGGAGAACUUAAGUAUUUCUUUGGGAUUGAAGUAUGUCGAUCUCCGGAGGGUCUAUUCCUAUCACAAAGAAAAUAUACUCUUGACUUGCUAUAUGAGAAAGGGAAACUAGGAGCUAAGCCAGUAGACACACCACUUCCUGAUGGAUACCAAGUUGAGCGAAAGGGGGAGAGGAAAGAUCCACCUUAUAAAGAUCCCUCUCGCUACCGGCGACUUGUAGGUAAGUUAAUCUAUUUGACUCUGACUAGGCCUCAUCUUUGCUAUGCGGUGAAUCAGGUGAGUCAGUAUAUGAAAUCUCCUACAACAUAUCAUUGGAGUCUUGUGGAGAGAAUACUCCACUAUCUUAAAGGAAGUCCUGGGGAAGGAAUUUGGAUGGGAAAGAACGCUAACACUGAACUUUUGGGCUAUUGCGAUGCUGAUUGGGGUGGUGACAAGACGGAUAGAAGAUCCAUCACAGGCUACUGCACUUUCAUCGGAGGUAAUUUAGUCACAUGGAAGACAAAGAAGCAAAAGGUAGUCUCGAUGUCUAGUGCAUAA